UAUCGGAAGAAGAGAUAGCCGAUAUCAUCCGGAAGAGGAAAGAGAUGGAAGGGCAAAGGAUAACGGCCGAUAGAUUGGCCAAAAUGGAUAUAGGAGAUGGGAACCUCACGGAGGAAGAGAAGGGGUUCAUAGCGAUGACCCUAAGGGGGUGCGAUAAGGCCAUUGCCUUUGAUGACUCGGAGCGAGGGAGGUUCGACCCAAGGUACGCUAAGCCGGCACGGAUCCACACGGUCCCGCACGUGCCUUGGAAGGAUAGGCCUCAGUGGAAGUACGCUCAAAAGGAGAAGGAGGAGAUAGUGACCUUCAUCAAGGAAAAGAUCAGGACGUUCGUCGCGGAACCUUGCGAGAGUGCCUACUCCAAUAAGUGGUUCUUUUUUAGGAAGGGGGGUAGCAACAAACUGAGAUGGAUUCAAAACCUCCAGAGGACCAAUGCGGUCACCAUAAGAGACGUGGGGUCUAUACCUGAGGCCGACUUGCUAGCAGAAGGAUCGGCAGGUCGCUCAAUAUACUCUAUUUGCGAUCUCUUCUCAGGAUAUGACGAGAUUCCCUUAGAUUACCGGGACAGGCACAUGACCGCCCUGCAUACGCCUAUAGGGCUGGUUCAAAUGAUGGUGGUACCGAUGGGUUGGACGAAUGGGGUAGCAGUGUUCCAAAGGGCCAUGAUCGCGGUCCUCAAGGAGUUCAUACCGGAGAAGGUGGAGGUCUUCCUGGAUGACUUCCCGAUAAAAGGGCCGGUCGAACGGGAUGAGACGGAAGUCUUCCCGGGGGUGAGGAAAUUUGUGGCCGAUCACAUGAGUCAUGUCAGAAACGUCCUUGAGAAGUUAGAUGAUGCCAACCUCACGGUAAGCGGAACUAAGAGUCGUUGGGGCGUGUCCUCCAUCAAGAUACUGGGGUUCAUUUGCGAUAAGGAUGGGCGGAGGACCGAUCCCGAGAAAUUGGUAAAAUUGAUGACUUGGCCGUCACCCCUCAAAUCCAUAACAGAAGUCCGGCAGUUUCAAGGGGUUGUGGGCUACUGGAGAAUCUUCAUAAAAGCCUAUGGUGAGACGGCGGAGCCCCUUCGAAGACUCCUUAGGAAAUCGGAAGGAUGGGUUUGGGGGGAAGAACAGGCCGCGGCCAUGGAAGCCUUAAAGGGGGAGUUCCGCGAAGGCGGAGAGGUCCUAGGAGUUCCUUUCUUCGAAGAUGAGGAGCAUUGCCCCUUUAUAGUUUCCACGGACGCGGGACCUCACUCGGUGGGAGGCCUCCUAUCUCAAAAGGACGGAGAGGGGAAGGAGAGACCGUUGCAAUUCGAGAGUAGGACCUUGAACCCCGCAGAGAGAAAUUAUAGCCAAUUCAAAAAGGAGGUGUUAGGGGUCCUGCAUUGCCUAAAGGCCUUCCGUCAUUACCUAUAUGGGCGACGAUUUCUCCUGCGAGUAAACCCAACUGCAGUAGCGGCGGUCCUUCAAAACGAUUUCUCGCUGACCGAUCCGACCAUCGUCCGAUGGAUGAUACACAUUAGGCUUUACGACUAUAGGGUCGAGAGGAUAUCCGGGUCCAAGAACCAGGUCGCGGACGGAUUGUCCCGACUUCCCAUUCGUGAGGAGGACCUACCUAGAUUUAAGGAGGAGGAAGUGACAAUGGCCAAAGAGGAGAUAAUGAAAGUUGUCACCAAUAGGGCACAAAUAGUGCGGAGCAGCCGAGGAAAAGAGGGGGGGCCAAUGACUUUUCUCGCUAAUCUCUAUGAUGGGAAGUACCGAGACAUAGGACUGUACUUAGUCGGUAGGGAAGCAGGGACCGAAAGAAUCCGGCAAAAAGCACUGGGGUAUUGCCUGCGAGGGGGCCAUCUCUUCAAGCGGGCCACCAAGUUUGCGAUACCCAUGAGGGUACUAUGCGAUCCAGAGGAAAGAAGGGCGGUCAUAGAGGAACUCCACGACGGGUUCGUUAGGGGUCAUAGGGGGGUGAAGGGUACUUUCGAUAAGGUCCGUAGGCUUUAUUGGUGGGAUGGACAAUACACGGAAGUGGAAAAGUACUGCUCUACGUGUGAAGCCUGCCAGAAGAGGGCGACGGUUCGGUACAAAGAACCCUUAGUCCCGUCGCUUCCCACGGUUCCGGGCGAGAAGGUCCAUAUAGAUUUAGUGACCAUGCCAAAGGGGGUCGGCGGACUUCGAUAUAUAAUCAACGCCCGGGAUGACCUCACCGGGUUCGUAGAAGCGAAAGCCAUUAAGAAGAAGACGGCGGAGGAAGUAAGCGAUUUUCUCCUUGAGUACAUCGCACGGUAUGGGUGCGUCGGGAGGGUAGUCAUGGAUAGGGGCGCAGAGUUCGUGAGCCAAAAGGUCAAGGUAUUAUUGGAGAAGGCAGAGAUCGGGGCGGGCUACACGACCGCUUAUCACCCCCAAAGCAAUGCACCGGUAGAAAGGGGCCACCAGACGCUUGUGGACGCUCUAGCAAAAUGGUGCAAAGGCCGCGCAGAACAGUGGCUGAGGUAUUUACGGUACGAGGUUUGUGUCGAUAACAUCACGGUCAAAUCCAGCACAGGGUACCCCCCUUACACCCUUUGGUUCGGUAGGCAUUGUCCCCUGCCCAUCGAAUUCCACGUCGACACUUGGACGAGUGUCUCAUGGAAAACCAACAUGACCCGGAAUGAACUGUUGGAGGCACGGAUCCAACAAAUAGCUGAGAAUUUGGAUGUAACCAAGGUGGGAGAGAACAUCGAGAGAAAGAGGGUGAAAGGAAAAGAUAGGUGAGACAAAAAUUUGUGGGUCCGAAAGGCGCCGAUAGGGGUUAACGACCUACUGCUGAUGUAUGAUUCGUCACUAGAAAAGA